AUGCAUGUGACGGAGGCUCUCGAGGAAAGGCUUCACGGUUCAUGCCGAUGCCGCGUGCGGGACGUGGCUUGCACAUGUGGCUGCGUUGUCGGCUACCAUGUCAUAUUGCCAUGCCGGUCCAAGCCUCAGGGCACUGCAGUGCGCCGUGAGAAGGAAGCAUCUCUUGCCAUUUGCCGCUUCUGCUGCCCAGGAGUUGUGCAUCCGCCAGAUGCUUCCUCAGAGGUUCUGUCGCGCUUGGUGUCGUGUCGGCAGCACCUGCUGAUCGGAGCACGUUUGACAUCACGCAACCUGCAGUCGAACAGUUUGGCACAAGCGCUCUUCACCUCCUAUGCGCUGAACCUCCUUGGUGGAGCAGCUUGGACAGCCUCAGGCGUGUACGUUCAUCUCUUCGAGCCGCUGCCGCAGGAGCCCACGAUAGCCUGGCAGAUUUUUCUCAACAUGGGCGCCACCACUCCGUUUCUUUUCCCACUGGUGGUGCGGGAUGCUUUCUACAGAGACAGCAUGUCAUCCAGCGCCGCAAGACUGCAGGACGUGAGUGCCGCGAUUUGUGCUCUGCUAUACGCGCUACUCGUAUGGGGAAGCUUUGAUCUGGCGGCAGGAAGGAAGCUCCCACCAAUUGCUGUGUCGCCUUGGCACACGAUCGAUGGGCGCAGCUAUGCCGGAGCGGCUUUCGGCGUGAAAUUUGACCUCCUGUCCUCCAUGCCGUCCGCACGAUCGGACUCAGAAUUUGUCUUGAGUGGUCUAUUCAUGGCCUCGAAUGCUCUGAGUGCCAUGCUGUUGUUGAACGUCUGCUACAACCGUGUCAAGGCUCGAGUUUUGUAA